AUGGUGUUCAUCCUGCCAGAAAAGUUCAGGGCAGCAGAAGGGCAAGAAAAUACUCUAGAGGGAGACGUGUUUUCACAAGAAAGCUUUGAGUGCCGGCUGACAGAGGUAGAAGAGGCACCAGAACAGCAAACAGGUACUCAAAAGAUAGGCGGAACUACCACCAAACUAGCUGCAGAACAGCUUUUCUUCUCCAAACCAACUAGGGAAAUGACCAAUCACCUCAGGCCUUUGUUUAUAACAGCAAAUUUUGGGGGUAUUCCCAUUUCCAAAGUCUUGGUAGAUGGAGGUGCAUCCAUUAAUCUUCUGCCUCACAGAUUGCUGACCAAGAUGGGCAGAACAGAGGACUGGAUUCACCAAAGCUUAUGUGUUCCUUCCACUCUGCAUCAGCAAUUAGCCCUUUGGAAUGAAGAAGGUCACAUGGAGAUACUAGAGACCGAUCCACGACCAUUUCUGCCUUCUGCCAUGUUUUUUGAGGCAAGGUAUUAUCAUGAUGACCUUGGUCCUUUCACCUUCCUUGGAGUCAACCAGAACGGCAGCCCUCAUGGUGUCACGGCCCAGAGACUCAUUGAAGAUGGUCUAGCCAGUUCUCUAGAGGACUGGAAUAUACCUUUUGUUCUAAACCUCCAAAACUCUGAUGUUUAG